CGACCUCGCAAUCGAAAGCUAAAAGUGCUGAUUUCUUGCUCCUGCCUUCGCCCUCCAAAAUCACAAAUCCACGGCCUGAAACACCUCCCUGCGGCGCAAUUUGCCGGAUUAUUACUCCAGGCCCAAUAUACUUCCCCCUGUAUAAAGUAGGAUGGAUUCUUCAUAGACAACGUCCUCAACUUGCAAAGAGAGAACAACAUAUAAUUACCUGAUGGCUUGGGGACGGGUUAAACAUGUCGCAAGCCAACAACCCUGAAUGGCCACCAAGAUCCCCUCACGACGUCUUGCUCAGUACCCCUGGAGGUCGUGAGAAGCUUCGACGGCUAGCAGAACGCGCCUCUCCCUCACCGUCCCCGACCAAACGUCCAGCGUCCUCGGCUUCGUUCCGAAAUAGAGCCAAGGCGGGUCUGCCGGACGAUAUGGAUGAAGAGGACGAAGAUGAGGAAACGCUACAGCUUCAGCUGCAGGAGAUUCAGGCGCGACUAAAGCUUAAGAAGAUGCAGAAGAAGGCUAAACAGAAUUCGGACACGGAGAACGAAAGCACGAAGGCAGAUUCCACACAACUUAAGAGAUCCAAUUCAUCUGCGGCAAAUCGAGCACAGUCAAGACUUGCCGGUUUACGCGAAGAAAGAUCAGAGAGGUCAAAGUCGCAGAACAGCGUCCAUGUUCCUGUAUCUCCAGUUCGAAGGGUCCGGCCGGCAGAGCCCCAACGAUCACCUGGAAGAGUCCUGCUGGGAAUUGACAAAGGAUUAAAGGGUAGUGAUAUAUCUCUGAAGAGAGCGCCUAGUUUGAGGAGGAAGGACGAAUCUCAGGAUCGACUUGCCGGCCCAUUUUUACAGAGACCUGUGUCGCAGGCUGGUGGCCAUGCUUCACGAGCCGCCGGAACCUCACGCAAUGUACCUCCAGAAGACCGUCCCAAAUCGUUCAGUGAGCGGAUGGCAGCUGUGAGAUCACAAGAAACAGAUCGGCAGGAGCGGGAACUGCGAAUAAAGAAGAAUCGAAGCACGGCUUUUGAUAUUGAUCACAAGCAGAUGCAGAAUUUCAGGGAAACCGCAGUUACUCUGCCUCCAGCUCCUCGGGAGGCACCAUCAUUCAGCAGAGAUGAGGUGCUUAAUUCCUACCACAAGCCAGCUAGUAAUAUGCCUCGCAGCAAGACUGUACCCGAUCUGAGAUCAGCAAUGAGGAAUACUAGCACUUCUAUGGAUACUAUAGCUACGGCUUCAGCCAGGUCUGACUCCCGAGCGUCAUUGGAUAUUCCACCGAAGAGAGCUGCCAAAGCAAAUGUACCACCAGGAGAGGUACCGGAGUCCGAGGCCUCCCAGUUUGAGCCAUACUCCUCGACACACCUCUCAAAAAGGAUCAUCCCCCAUAAGGUCUUGACGCGAACCCUCACUGGAAAGAAGACCUUCCUUAUACCUGACCUCCUGAGAAUAGUCAAAGGUCCUGACUUUUCAGGUCCAGACAUCGAAGAAGACGUGGUAGUAUUCGCCAUCAUUGCAUCGAAAUCCGAUCCGAAGGCACAUCAAAACCAGAAUUCGAAAAAUCAGAAGAAGGGCAAGUUCAUGGUCAUGGCUCUGACAGAUCUGAAGUGGGAGCUUGACCUCUUCCUAUUCGAUACCGCCUUCGAGAAGUUCUGGAAAAUGACCCCAGGCACCAUUAUUGCCAUUUUGAAUCCUCUUUUCAUGGCUCCACCACGAGGCAAAGCUGACACAGGAAAGUUCAGCCUAACCUUGAAUUCCGACGCAGACACCGUCCUGGAGAUUGGAUCAGCAAGAGACUUGGGUUUCUGCAAGACUGUCAAACGGGAUGGCAAAACAUGUGAUUCUUGGGUGGACAAACGCCACACCGAAUUCUGCGACUACCAUGUCAACGAGACCUUGAAAAAGACUCACGCAGCACGAAUGGAAGUUAAUACAAUGACCUUCGGAAAAGGCGGUUACAACAGUGCUCGGAAGCUCAAUUCCAAGGAUAAGACAGGGAAUUUUGACCGUGGUCGCCAGGAAGAGACAGAGAAGAAAACAAGAUACGACAGGGGAAGCCACUCCCAGAUAUACAUCGGGAAGAGGAGCACGGUAAACAUGUUGGACGAUGUCGAUUUCGACCCUGACGCUUUCCACCGAGGCUCAACGAAAGAGGAGCGCAUGACGAGACGAUUGCUUGCACAGGAGAAAGAACGUGAACUGGGGAGGAAGCUCUCUGAAAUGGGCAGUGGCCUUGGCGCAGAUUACAUGAGAAAGGGAAGGUCGUCACGGCCAGAUCCGAGCAGUAGCAUCUCAGUCGCAGAACCUCCACCAGAUGCAGCAUCUCUCGGUCUUCUGAGCGGAAAGGCGAAAGAUGUAGCUCUAAGUCCCGUGAAGCGAAAACGAGCAAAUACGACAUCGAGUACCGCAGCUAUGGGUUGGGGCAGUAACCUCACGAAAGAGCUUGGCCGGAUGAAGAAUGGAGAGAAUCUACAGCCUGUCAAGAAGAAGACACGGUUUGUGACUGAGAAAGGCAUUCGAGAAGCAGGGCGGGAAAGCUUUGGUGGGGAAGUAGCAAAAGCUGUGGCUAAUGACCUUGAUGACGGUGAUGACGAUGAUCUGGAUAUUGUCAAGGAAUAAGUAUUGCGCGUUGACCAGUUUAGAUAGUUGAUGCUGGUGGAGAAAUUGCGAUUCUAUUUCUCUAAACCACUUUUGAACAGUCCCGUUGGGCCGUUCCCACGCGAAUUCCUUUAUCUCAGUUCCAACUUCUACCGUACUCGAGACUCCUUAAUGGGGAUCUAACUAAUAUCAGCUCAUCCAUUGCCAACUCCUUACGGAUCUUACAUUGCAGUCUUUGCUCUUCUCCUUGGCGCAUGGAGACGUAGGAUAUGUUGACCUUCUGGGACUUCUUUCAUCUCAUUUUCGUCAAAUCAUCACUAACAUGGUAUUGUGAGGGCACAUGCAGACUUGCAGUAACGUCUCUCACUCCAUACCAGACGGGUUGAACGAGUCAGCCAGGGCCGAGCUAUGAGCUUCCUGAUCAUCCACCACUUCGCCCU